GAUCAAAUUGUGAAAACAGAUGGAAACAUCUGGAGAGAAUGUUCAAGAAAUAUGUGGACAACAAUAAUAAAACUGGAAGAGGAAGAAGAGAGUUUGAGUAUGCAGAAGCAAUGGAAGAUAUUUUGGAUAAAAAACGAAACAUUCAUCCUGUUGUAUUAUUCAUCCGUACACAGUUAUUCAUCCAACAACACAGCCGAACACUAUCAAGCGUUUUCCCGAUUUUCCUAUACACCAUCGACCUGCUCGCCCGCCUUCGUGUGGCUAUCGGCAAAUCCAUCAAGCCAGCUACGACCGGCGACGUAGAAGCGGUAGCGGGCGCUAACCGAGACAUUUGCCACAGACAGGUGGCCUCCCACGGCCCCACGCCCCCGAUCAAAACCCUAACAACCCCCAACCGACUCUCGGCGCCCCCCUCGGAACGUGCCACGUGA